UUUUGUGAACAGCACUGUACCGGACGACCGUACCAACCGUACCUUUGCGCGUCUUGUGUUAUGUGGCGAAGUAGUAGCAGUAGUAGUGGCUGACGUUUGGACGUUGUUUCAUAUACACGUUAUCCUUGUGUAUCUGAGAUGUCAACCAGCAUGCGUGAAACAACUGACUAUCGAGAUUCUAGAAGCUCGAGUACCUGCAGACGUGGCACUUCUGACGGUGUGUUCCUACUAUUGAUGAGCUGAUAUGGAAGACGAAGACGUCAAAGAGAGACAAGAAAACGAACUCAAGGUACUGCAGGCAAUCUUCUUAGAUGACAUCAAAGACAUGCGCAAGCGCGACAAGUGGAAGCUGUGGCGGCCCCCCGAAGUGUUGCUCACACUGCGGCCCCAAGAAAGCAUGACUCCUUUAAAAGAGGUGCACGUUCAAGUGGAUCUGCACGUGACGUGCACCCACCAGUAUCCCAACGAAGCACCGCGUGUGGACGUGUGCAACCAGAAAGGAAUCUCGAACCAGGCUCUGGCAGGUCUGCGCAGCGAGUUGCAGGAGUUGACAAGGCACCUCAUUGGAGAAGUCAUGAUCUUAGAUCUGGCCCAGCAUGUGCAGAGAUUUCUCCACCAACACAAUACACCUCAACUUGGUUCAUUCUAUGACGAAAUGCUCAAAAACAGGGAAAGGCAGGAAAAAGAAAAAGCGAGGGUUCACCAGCAGCAGCUGAAUCGUCAGCGUCAAGAGGAAGAAAAGCAGAGAGAAGCUUUUGAGUUGGAGAUUCGCCGCCAUCAGCAGGAGAUGAAGGUGGAAGCAAGGAAGCGGCGUACACACUCCAGAAGUGCAGAUGGCAGAGAGAAGAAUCACUGCAUGCACAAACCUGAAAUACUCAACUUCGUGUCAAAAGCAGGAGAGCACCCGGUGCACAAGGGCAGCUGCCUCGGUCACAGCGAAGAUGGCAAUGUCACCUUUGGGGGUCUGGACUUGAUCACCGGCGAGCUAGUAUGCAUUGUGGAGUGGUCGCUAAAAUCUGAUCAGCAUGUGGCAGCCAUCGAGCAGGAGUUGCAGGCACUUACCAAACUAAAGCAUGGCAACCUCGUCCAUUACUUAGGCUGCAUGUAUGUCCCUCAGAAGCGUGUGCUCUAUCUGCUCCAGGAGUUUGUCAAAGGCAGUUCUCUGAGCACCUACACGACUCAUGGCAUUCCCAUGGACACUACCCUAUUGCGAAACUAUGUCACAGGCAUAGUGCAUGCACUGCAGUUCUUACACCAGAACUCUGUUGUCCACAAGGAUCUCAAAGAAUCUAGCAUUUUUGUAGACAACUUCGGUGUAGUGAAAGUGGCUGAUUUCAGUAUUCACAAGAAGAUAAUGGACCUAUGCUUUGCAAAGACCAGUGAUGGUAUGGCUAAAGCAAAGAAGAAGGGAGACAUCUUUCAGCUGGGAAAAAUCCUUCUUUCUCUGCUUCAGGGGGAACCUGCAACAAGUACAGACAUUCCUCCAAAUUUGUCUCUUGACACGAGGGAUUUCCUAGAGCGCUGCCUUGCAAGCCACGAGCCAGAUCGCUGGUCAUGUGAACAGCUCCUGACCCACCCAUUCCUGGUGCAGAGUGGGCCCAUGAUAGAAAAUGAAGCCUUAGACGACGAGGGUCCCGACGAGCCAGAUGCACGUCCGUUGAGCUCUGUGGGCCACUCACGGCUCCAAGGAGAAUUUGAGGUUCUUCGCUGCCUUGGCAGAGGUGGCUUCGGUGAAGUUUUCAAAGUGCGCAACCAACUUGAUCGUCGUAUUUAUGCAAUUAAACGCAUCCUGCUCAAUCCUUCAAGCAAAACACUUAACCGGAAAAUAAUGCGAGAAGUAAAGCUGCUCUCAAGACUUAACCAUGAGAAUGUUGUUCGCUACUACAACUCCUGGAUUGAAGUAACAAUGCAAGAGCCCAGCACUACAACAUCAUCAGGUGUCAGUGUUGAGUCAAACAAAGGCAACUCUUGUGAGUGGAGUAUCCAACCACAAGCUGCAGAAGAGUCUAGCUCUUCAGACAAUGUGUUUGAAUUUCCUUUUGGACGCUCCUCUUCCAGUGACAAUGUUGUUUUUGAGGGUAGUGGCCAGGUGGAGGCUGAACAGUCGGAGGAGCCGACAGUAGCCCAUCAAGCCCGUCACUUUCAGUUCAUGUUCAUCCAAAUGGAAUUCUGUGAAAAGAGCACCCUUCGCACUGCCAUUGACGGUGGGCUUCACCGAGACCCCAGCAGAAUGUGGCGUCUCUUCAGAGAAAUCAUUGAGGGACUGGCACACAUCCACCAACAAGGAAUGAUACAUAGAGACUUGAAACCAGUCAACAUCUUCCUGGACUCUUCUGACCAUGUUAAGAUCGGCGAUUUUGGUCUUGCCACAACGGCACUUUUAUCACGAGCAGAAGUGACGGAGACACACGAGCAUACUGAUCAGGUGACCCCUGGCAGUCUCACUGGCCGUGUUGGCACCACCCUGUACACAGCUCCAGAGCUGUUUGCCCCACCCACAGGUGGCCGGAUAGUAUACAGUCAGAAGGUGGAUCUCUACAGUUUGGGCAUCAUUCUCUUUGAAAUGAGCUACCCUGUUCCUAGUACAACCAUGGAACGGGUCAAGUUGCUUGCUAACCUGCGACAACCCAGCAUCACUCUGUCCAAUCAAGCACUAGAGCAGCUGAGUGCUCAGCAAGUGAGCCUCAUUCGUUGGCUCCUGCAGCAUGACCCUGCACAACGGCCCAGUUCGGGGGAACUGCUGGCAUCUCCUCAGCUGCCGCCUCCACAACUGCAAGAAACCAAGGUGACCGAAGUCUUGCGCCACACUGUUUCCAACCCUCAGAGUAAAGCGUAUAAGCACUUGGUCAAUGCCCUAUUUCAGCAGGAGACCACACCUGUGCAGGACUACACCUAUGAUGUGGAUAUGCCAAAGGGUCAUCCGCUGCUGCAGUCAGCUCUGCUGUUUAGGCGUGUAAGGGCCGCUCUUGAGCGCAUCCUAUGCAGACAUGGUGCUGCGCCCCUGGCCAUCCCAACUCUGUUGCCAAAGAAUCCCGAGGAAGAUGAUAGUUGGGUCUACUUCAUGGAUCAUGGCGGUCUUAUUAUCAGUUUGCCUCACGACAUGAGGGUCCCAUUUGCACGCUAUGUUGCUCGGUGCAAUGAUGCAUGCCCUCUGAGACGCUAUGCCAUUGAGAAGGUGUAUCGUUCUCGGAAAGUGUUUGGCUGCCACCCGAGAGAGCUGCAUGAGUGUGCAUUUGACAUUGUGUCAAACAACCAGCAAAGUGCUCUUGCCAACUGUGCUGAAGUGCUGCAUCUGGCCAACGAAGUUGUAACCGAGUUUUCCGAGUUGCAGUCACGAGGCUACAGUGUGCGCUUGGGCCAUACUGGACUUCUUCAGUCACUGCUGAUGUAUUGCUCUGUUUCGGAAGAUAAUUGGCCUCGGGUGUAUGCUGCCCUCCGAGGUGCACAGUGCUCUUCAAAGACUCAACUUCAGCAGGAGUUGGACUCUCUAAGUCUUGGAGACCAAGCAGUGGCCCUUCUUGCCCAGUUCUGUGAGGUAGAAGAUUGCUUGCAAAAGGUGUCCUCCAUGUACCGGUUCGUGGUACGCCAGAAAACCCCCGCAGCUGCAUCAGCCAAACAGGCUCUGCAUGAGCUCGAAGGGCUCAUAGAACUCUGCUCUGUCUUUGCUUUUCAUUUGCCAAUGAGCAUAGUUCCCUGCCUUGUCUGUGAUGAGCAUCUUUACUCUGGCAUUGUCUUUGAAGUUGUCUGCCAGUCUCGUAAGAAGACACGCCGCCAAGGUCGGGACGUGCUGGCUGUUGGGGGGCGUUAUGACAAACUGGUGUCAUCUUUUGCUGUGGCUGGAGCCACAGCAAACUUUGUGGCUGUCGGCAUCAGCUUUGCAAUAGAGAAAAUUGUGCAGGCUCUAGCCGAAGAAGGUGAUGCACCAUGCCUUGCCGAGUGUGUCUUAGGCAGUGCCGGUGAUGCACAGCCUGCGUUGCGGCACCAGCAGCUUGUGCUUCUAGAACGGUUGUGGGCCAUGGACAUUCCAGCACUAGUGUCUCCACAGGAGGGCACCGACGAAGCUUCAUCCUUCUGCAGGGAGCACAAGAUACCACACUUGGCUCUUCUGAGAGACUCGGAGCAAGGCUAUGCCAGACUACGCAGCUUUGACAAAGACCAUUUCAGUGAAAGAAAGCUGUCACUUUCUGAGCUAUGUGAGGUUUUUGCUAAACCACCCCAAACAGAACCUACAAAGCAGGAUGCUUCCGGUAACAGUCCCACACUCAGGAUCAUCUUCAGUGUGGUAGAGAAGAUGGCUGCAAGUACUCGACGUAGGCUUGAAUCUCAGAUAGUGACCCAAUUGACUGCAGUAACGCAAGGAUUCCUCCAGAGAACUGCCGCACUGGACAUUAUCGCAGUGGAGCUAAGUGGAGAUGUCCUACGGUCAGCAGCUGCUCUACUUAAUGUGGAGGCUGACGCUCGCAGUUUUGAAACAAGUGUAGCGGUCGUGAUUGAGAGGCACCCCCGGCAUAAGAAGCAACUUACCAUGCUUGCAGACAGGGUGUAUGACCUCGUGUUUGAUUCCAAACGUACCAUGUUUGUCUUGUAUGCAUUGCAGGAUAAUACCUACAAAGUCAUUGUUUGCCCGUUCAGAUCAUGAGUAUACUGCCUUCAGAAACUGAUCAUCUGUUUUGAUUACCAAGUUGUGCCAAAAAGGGGUAUUGGGAGUUAUUGCUGGCAUUUUGACUGGUUGCUUUUGUUUUGCACUGUCAACCAUAUCUGUGAUAUCAUAUACACAUAGAGCAGCACUGUUAAUGUGCAUGUUUAGUUGGCAUUUGCCAGCAGUUUGCUUGUGCUGUGAGAUACGGCCAUCAUUAGGGUUCUGUUGGAAUAUGUAAGCUUAACAUAAAUGACUGAGAGUGAUGUUUGUUGCUUAGCUUAUAUGAGCGAAUAUGUCUGGAAGUGUUCAUCUUGCAUUCAUAGUAAUGCAGUUUAUACAUGUAUGCUUGCAUUGGUGUACAGUAUUGUAUUGGCGGAUUUUAUGUACAAAUGUUGUAGGUUGCCCAAACUCCAAAAGGCAAUGGGUUAAUAAAUUGAACUUUACUUUUUUUUUUUUUUAUCAGAUAGUGUAUUGAGAUUUUUUUAAACACAUCAGAUGGUGCAGUGUCCUAUUUAUCUUAUUUUUGUCCUUGGCUGCAAGUCCCAUGAAUACAACAGACCAGGAAAUGCUCAUGUUUGAAUGCAUAGAUUUGUAUGUGCUAUUUGUAAACGGGACGAACUAGUUGCUGGUCAGCACACCCGGGAAUUAACGAGCAUUACUAGGCAAGGGCUUCAACAGGUGCUCUUUCUAUUCUUGCUAUAUGAAAAUGUCUUUAAUUGAGUUUUAGUUUAUGAACAAUUAAUGUUUGGUUGCUCGUUCACCAGCUUGCACCGGUUUAUGUGUUGUAACAGGUUCGUGCAUUUUGGUGUAAUUACAUGCAAAACUGAAGUAAAAUAUUGUUUAAAUUACUGAAA